GCACAAUCACAAGGAAGACUGCAAACCUGACAGUUGUCUAGAAGACGAUUAUUGACCCCCUCUAAAAGGAUUAUUUUGCUGUUCACGGAGUCUGUUAGGAAGCAGAUGUGAUACCGAACAACAGAGGUUUAUCGGGCCUGAGGAGAACUAUCAAACAAAGUAGAUUCCAGAACUUAAAAAUGGACUAAGGCUGGAGUCUGAGCAUCAAGAGCCUCUACACAUAGAUGAGUCCAAGAACUGGACUACAAGUGUGUUCCUGCUGCUAAGAGACAUCGUCAUUGUCAACUGUGUUUACAAGUCCAGAGUCAGCCUAAAGUCCACCGGGAGAUUUCAGAGACUUUCAUGCUUCAUGGAGAUCCAGAUUUCUUUGUCAAGCAGGACCUGGUACCUGCCCACAGCGCCAAAGUGACCAGAAACUGGUUUGCUUGAUAGAUCAGCUAACUCUCCUGACUUGAGAAACAGAUAACCAUCGAUACAGACGAACUGAAGGAGCUACAAGAUCAAUCAGGACUUUACACCCCAGCAAGAUCGACAGAUUGAUGGCCUCCAUGCUACGUCACAUUGAUGCAGAACUUCACACAAAAGGAGGAGCCCUAACCAGGUACUGAGAGCAUGAAUUUAUAUAAUUUUCCUGAAGGUCGAUGAAUCUAGAAUGUGUGAAAAUGUCACUUUUUGAAUGAAGUUAUGGGGGAAAAACUGAACUUUUUCAGGACUUUGGACAUUUUUGAGCUGCACCUGUACAAUGUUUUUUAAUACAAGAUUAUUGGCCGGUUUACUUCAAUCUAAUUUGACUGACUUUGUUCUCCACCUGCUUAAUAUCCCCUUUUUGAAAUAAAACACACAGUACACUCAUUUUAUAAGAAAAAGUCAAGUUUAUGAUACAUGAAGCAAACUUACAAAAGCUGUUUUAAACUGCAGUCAGAGGUCAAAGUAUUAUUUAUUAUUUUCAGUGUUGAGAUUAUGUUUAAGGAAAAUUUAAUGAGACAGACAAAAAUAAAAACAAAAAUACUCCAUUCUCAGUCUGUAUGUUUGACUCACUGCCACCAAAUAUGGUCUUGAAUGAGUCACAAAAAUAUACAGAUACAUCUGACCUGAAUAUUAAACCCGUUUAUUAAACCAUUUGUGCAUUUAUAUAUCUUUCACAUUUAGCAUUUCAUGCAUGACUCUCCAUGCUGUCAGUGUUUUUCAUGUUACUGAUCAGGUCCUUGUGUAAAAGUCAGUCUCUCAGCUCCUGAUCAUGUCUGCCGACCGGGUUUAUUCCUCAAGGACAGAAGUGGGAUCUGACUGAUGAGGUUUCCCUGAGUGUCUCCUCUCUCCCCUGUGAAACAUUCAUCUAUGUGUUAUCAUGUCUCCUCCUCCUCCUCCUCCUCAGUCUUUGUCUCUCGUAAUGGGGGUAAAAAUUAUUUCGAACCCUCUUCAGCACUCCGUCAAAAUAGUAAAAGUGGUCGUAUUCAUCAUUGCCGUUGUCAUCAGCGCCCCUGCGGUCUGUGAUGGUUGUAGCUUCUUUCUGCUCCUCUCCUGUAACCUCAGAUACACCGGUGGGACCCCCAGAGGGAAAUAUAUUCAACCCAGCUCCUGAAUGUCUCCUCAUGCAGUGUUUCCAGCCGGCCUCAGUGCGAUGUAUUAAUCCUCUGCAGGAUGGCGUGUUGUCAUGUUUCUGUAGAGGAGAAGUUUCAUCAGUGUGUGCUGAGAAAUGUAUAAAAGUCUGUAUAAGCGCCAGAGGAGAGGAGGAUUAUUUCUCUGAAUAAGCAUGAAGUUCUGCCUCCUAGUCCAUCUAAACUUUAGUAAAAACCAUUUUUGUCUUAUUAUAGAUUUAAAACACUAAUUUUUAACACAAAAAUGCUCUUCGCUAAGCUUCUCAUACUAACGGAAUCGUCUAGGCUGGCCGCCAGGCGUACAAGAGAGUCAGCGUUUUCCAGGAGAGUCACAGCCUCCUCUGAAAAGUACCUGGCAACGAACGAACAUACAGCUGCAAGUGUCCGCAGUGAAAAUCCUGCGACACAGAGCCAUAUGAAAACAGUGGGUACAGCAGGAGACGUGAUUUUUCAUCUGCUGAGUGCUGAGAGGUGAACUGAUGACAAAUCCAACUGUACCCAUGAGCUCAUUCAGACAUGUGGGUCUGCGGUUGAAUUAAAGUGUCCCUGUUUUUGGAGGUUAGAAAAAUAUGGUCACCAUGACUUUAAGCCGACUAAUUAUCAUCCAGACUUCCAUUUUCACUCAUGCACUACAGUUUUUUACAUCCUACUGUCUAUGCCUUUAAGACUCCUAUGCUAUAAUAUGAGUGGACGCCAUGCUGUGCUCUUCUUAAUUUCAUUUCUCUCUGACUUUAACCAGGACAGUAAACCCUCUCUUUAGCCGUUUUUAAAUUCCCCUGCUAUACUAACAGUACGUACUGAUCAUAGACUGUGUAUACUAUGGACAACUUGGUUCUGCCUUCCACCAGUACACGGAUUUGAAGCCAAAAAGCUCUCAGGAAUUCUGCGUUUUUUCUCUACUUCCUGAAACCAACAUUGCGCAGUAGCAUUGUACGCAUUUGGCGGGAGAGUCGCAGAGAGUCGCUGUGAUGACGCUCGGCUCAAACAGCGUAUCCCCGGGUGAGCUACACAAUCUUCGUACGCCCAUAGGCUGUAUCAGGGGUCAAUCAUAGAAAACAUGAACCCCCUAAUAACUUUUAGAAAUGGAGCUGUACAGAAAAAAAGAGGACUUGAGCACAAACCAGUCUUACUGUAACUACAUGUCAACAUUGCAAGCAGGAGGGAAAAAAAUUAUGUUCCGUGUAAUAAAUUUCUGUUUGUCCACAGCCUCGUAAACUUUGCUGGCGGGACAGGAUUUAUGACCUAUACUGCAGUCCGUCACCAGAGGGUGCUGUUCUCGGAGUGGCUUCACCCAGCGAGGAAGCAGACACUGUCCAUUCUUUAUAAAGUCUAUGGUACUGAUUUGCACAAAAUUUAGUAUGCAGUAUGCGAACAAAAGCAAAAUUUGCAGUAUGUCAGUGUCAGUUUUAUUUAUAUAGCGCGUUUAAAAACAGUCAGUGGUCUACCAAAGUGCCUCGCAGUAAAACAGCCAGAAACAAUAAAAAAACUAUAAAAACAAUAAAAGCAUAAAACAUAUAAAAACAUUUAAAAAACGAUAUGGAUAAACAUGACAAAUAAAUUAGAGACCCAAUAAAAGUAGCUAUACUUCCCCAAAAGCUAAAGUGAACAGGUGCGUCUUCACGAGUGUUUGAAAAGUGGAAAGGCUAUUCGCAGUACGCACUGUCAGCGGUAAAAAUACCCGGAUGACGUACUGAUUCAGGAAAAUUUCACAGUAUGCAUCAGACCAGUCUGCUUUGCCUACUGUUACCCACAAUGCAAAACGCCCUGGCAGAUGGCAGACGAAAUUUUUUUUAUAGGAUAGUAGGGAAAUGUCACGCUCUUCUUCACCUCUGAUUGGCUAGAAGUGCUGGGCUCCAAUUGGUUAUUCCUAAUAGCUGUGAACCGUCAUCGUCUGUCAGGUAAAGGUUAGGGUUAGGAUUAGGGUUAACUAAACAGGUUUUGAUGGCUGGUAUUGGGCUAAAAAAUCCUGAAAAAAUUCAAAUUAAAACAUAAAGUUUUUUUCAGUGCAUACAUGAAUGGGCAACACUGUAGUGCUGUUGCAAUUUACCAGGUUACGAUGGACUUUUCCAUACCGGAAACCAGCUAAACCGGGCCAAGCAUACUACAUACUAACGGCUGACUUCCAGUCAUACUGCAUACUACUAUCAAGCACGGUACUUAGUAUGCAGUAUGCAGUAUGUACUGCAGUAUGUACUGCAGUAUGUACUGCAUACUGCGCUCGGCAGGAGUAUGCAGUAGGCCAAUUCCAAAACAGCCCCUGUCUCUGUUUCUUCACUUACUUGCAGGGUUGUUUCUGCAGCUCCUGUCUCAGCUGUUUUUGCUGUUUUUGCUGGUCUUGCAGAUGUAAACACGCUCUCCUUUGGUCUUUCCGGCCUCCUCGUUACACCUCCUUCCUUCUUUCUGCUUCUGCAAAGUUUGAUGGUGAAGUCCUCCCUCAUCCUGAGGCCUGAGAAUGACUCCUUAGUUGUAGUUUUUUGUGCAUUAUUAUUACCUCUAUAUCUUGGACUUGUUGUGGUCGUCCUCGGCGGUCUGUCUCCUCUUCCUGUGCCGCUUUGAUUGAAGCUUUUUGGGCUUGAUGUUGCCUCUUUUAUCUCCUUGUUUACCGUACUCGUCUGCACCGUGUGCUCUGUUUCUGCAGGCUCUAGCUCGAUGGUUUUGAUUGAGGGAGGUGAGGGGAUGACUGAUUCCUCUGAUGAUGCAUCUUGUUUUGUCGGAUUUAUGCUCGUAUUUUCACUCGCCGCAUUGUUUGUCUCGGUCAGCUCUACUUUCUCUGUUGUUGCUUUGACCUGUUUCUCAGUUUUCGCAGACUUUGUAGUAACUUUUGUUGGUUUUAUGUCUUCUCUUGCUGCAUAAAUUUCUAAUAAAGUCAGGAUUUCUUUCAGGCAUUUACAUCUGGAGUUAUGCGCCUCAGUAAUAAAGUUUUCCUCCAUAACUUCAGGUACAGGUGGAGGGUCAUCCAGCUCUUUUAUGGGUAUAUUUACUGUUUUCCGCUUAAUGUCUGCAUCUAAAAUAAGUUUUCCCUGCGUUUGUGUCUCACUCUCGGCGUCUGGAAGGAAAAACAUGAUUAAAAUAUCAUCUCCCACCUCACUAAGCAUUUCUUUGUCAUCAUUAUUAUCUGUUUUAUGUGUAAAUCCUGCUUGUAGCCGGUAUGUUAAUCUUUCCCGCUCUCCAUUUUCAAUAUUUUUAUGUGAUCGCUCGGUUGCACUUUCUCCCUCUGGGUGCUGCAGCUCGACUUGUUUUGUGAUUAUCCUCCUGCUCAGAUCCUCUUUAUUAUCAUCAGGAGUGGCCCUUAGUUUAUACUGUGGUUUAUUUAUGGAUUCUGGCUUCUCCCUCGGUAUCAGCGAGAGUUUCCUGCGAACAUAAAAUCCAUCCUCAUCAUCAUAUACUCUGGACGCUUUUAAAGAUUGUUGCCUCUGAACAGUCCUCUGAACCAAGAAGCUCAAAUGGUCGUUUUUCUUUAUAACUCCGGCCACAUUUCUCUCUGUCUGGAAAAGAGUUUUUUCUUCUGAAGGGUGCAGAGAAGCAGCUUUAAAAGUGUCAUAUCGAUUGGCGAAACCUUUUGAAUUCAGCUGUCCAUCACGCUCUGUAAAAGCUUUAAACCCCAUCGGCCGCUUUUCACUCUCUUCUUGUCUUAUUUGUCCUUUAACACUCGGAUUUUUUGGACUUCUCUUGAUGGACGCCGCUCCUUGCACUUCACUCCCCUUAAAGCAGCAGGAAAUAACCCAAGUUUCUGCAGCGCUGUAUCUCUUUGUCAGCAUUUUCUGCAGCCAAACACUCAUGGCAGGGUCCCAAUUCUUGGGUUUCUCCAGCAAGAGGGCCUUAAAAUUGCAGCCCCAGGCAGCUGAGUGAUGAUGCAGAAACCAUGCAGACCCUGAAUAUGUGAGAUCCUUUAUCAUCCUCAUUGGAAUAUGACCGGCCUCAUCCAUAACGUGCCGCUCUUUCAUUGCUGUUUUACUUUCCCCCUUUGCGCACACGAGACAAACAACCUGGAGAGAAAGAUAGAGGAAGUUUUUAAACUGCCUCCAGAAAAGUUCAUGAGUCAUAAUUUGACAACAACCAUUGAAAGCAUGACGCUCCAUUCAUGUGAAAGUUAUUAGCCCUGCUCCUGGCGUCGCUGCAGGGAGCGAGAAGUCAUCCGGUCGGCCAAACAGCUCAGACUACCCAUCAAAUUUCCACCAAACUAUCAGAUGAUUUCCUUGAGAUCACAUCAGGCAGGCUCGAAGUCACUCAAAUGAAUGCGCUUGUCUUUAACCUGGUUUAUAUAUCUGCGCUGAAUCUCCACGGUAACAGUCAUUGUAGGUUUUUCAUUCAGUGCGUUUACAUGCACAGCUUAAUCGAACUACACUCAUAAUUUGUUUUUUUCGUCAAAUCAGACUUCUCUCCUUGUCCGCAUAAACAUGCAGCAGAGAAAAUCGAAUUAUUGAUGUGAGCGUGUCCUCCUGCCCAAAACUAGGGGGCGAUACGGGUCUUUUUAGCGGUGCUGUUUCCAGUUGACCCAACAACAACAGCAGAUCCGUGCCAGAUGUCAGACAUGGCUACAACUGCUGCUGGGCAUUUUCGAGCAAGAAGAUUGAGCAUCAUACAGCGUUGUUUUUGUUGAACAUGAUGUUCGCGCUACUUUUUCUGCAGAUGAUAUGCACGCUACUCCUCUUCUCUGGUGUUUUUGUUCCGGGGGCGUAGCGCACGCGUUCAUGCAUUGGCCUAUCAUACUCCAACUACGCUGGUUGCAUGGUAGAGAAAACCGAAUUCCAAUCGCAUUAUCUGGGUGUCUAAAUCGGAGUUCACCAACUCCAAUCAGAGCUGUCAAACUCAAAUUAUUGUCAGACUAAGGUGUUUACAUGCACUUCAGUUGUCCGGUCUCAAUCGGAGUAAGGCAAUAAUUCAGUUUUCUUGAGUGUGUGGCAAAGAUAGGGCUGGGCGAUAUGGCUCAAAUCAAUAUCACGAUAUAUUAAGCAGUUCACCUGGAUGAAGAUAAAUGUACGAUAACUACUUCACAAGCUGCUCACCCCCUCCCACAUUAACUUCGUCUACUUAAGCUUCCACUUCAGCCGCCAUCUCCUCACCUGUCUUUCCCUCUUUGUUACGGUCUGGAUGGGGUGGAAUCACAUCUCUGACAUAGACCAGCGUCUUAAAGGGACUUGAGAGCCUACCUACACACAUCCAAAACCAACUUUUUAUUUAUUUUUUUGACACCGAAUAAACCAAUAUGGACAAAAUGACAUCUGUUAUUGUUGUAAAUUUCGGUAUCGGUAAAUUUUCGGUUUAUCGCCUAGCCCUAGGUGAACAUUUCAGGAUUUUCUGCCAUACAACAUUCAAAUCAUACCUAGUUGAACUUUUGUCUUUUAGGACAAAAAGUGACAUUUUUAACUUUUUAUGGUCCGUUUUUAGUUCUUGACAGAAAACCUAGAUGGCUGCAGCUUUUUGAAACUUUGCAGGUCUAGCUUUACAAACACUAAACUCGUGAAAUCAAGGUUAUUAACUUGUCAGUCAUACAUUUAACACAAGAAAAUGGUAAUUUUAUCCAGGAAUAAUGUUUAAAAGUAUUGAGUUCAUGCCUUAAAAGUUUUAAAUUAAUCAUACCAGUGCUGGAGUUUGAUCCCUGGUUCUCGUUCCCAUGAAUUCUCGGUCAGACAAACUGCCGCCAUGAUCAUUACAGACUGUCCGGUUAAAGGGGGAGGUCUUCAAUUUGUGCACACUGUUUCUCCGGACGCACAUGCAGCAGAGUCCAGUUUGGAUCUGAAGUAUCUCUGGUCCUCUGGGACUCGUCUGUUCAUUGUGGAGCGCUUUUCUGCAGAAACUCCAGUUUUCCAUGACCCUGUCCCCGUCUCUGAGGGGGCUCAGGUCAGAGACGAGCAGGGACAGCAGCAGUAACAACCACGGCCUAAUUGUGCUGCUGAGAAAGAGUGGCACAAAACCGACAGCACCGCUCUCUUAUCUUUACAGCAUUUUUCUCAUGGUGCUUUGAAUAUGCAAAAGACAGCAAAUAAAGGCUUGGUUCGAUCUGACAAAGAGAACUUUUUAACAGUGUUACUGUAGAGAGUUUGAUAGGGAGGCUUUAAUCUUGUUGUUUAUGAGAGUUUUCACCAACUGUUAUGAAUCAUUUUACUGUCUUAAAGCUGGAACUAUGUGUUUUCUCAAAUAGAGCUCAGAAUCUAUGAAGUCUCAGUCAAGGUUCCUCUGUAUUAGUUUACAUGCUUUGUCCGUACACCCCAGUCUUCCCCCUGCCAAGCAACCUUGAUAAUGUGAAAGUAAGAGCCUCUCUUUUGUUUCAGUAGUCCACCUUCAGGGAAAACACAGCUCCUAAGGGUCAAAGGUUAAAGCCAGACAUGCCAAGAAAAAACUGACUCAGAUGUCUUCAUUCUGUCUCAGCACAGGAGGAGAGAAAUCAGAAGAUGAUUUUUAUUUUCUAGGAACAGUUUGCGUCCUACACUUUAUGGUAAUUUGUUGUUUUGUGCUGAUCGCUUCACGUGGGACAGCUCCACCAAUGAGGGGCAGUACAAAACUGGGCACUGGCUCUCAUAUAUGGGUCUCUGACAUCAGUUUAACACUCAGAAACAACAGCCAAGCAUUAUGUUUACAUGACACUUGAGAAAACCAAAUUAUUGCCUUACUCCAAUUAAGAUCGGACAACUGAAGUGGAUGUAAACACCUUAGUCCGACUAUAAUCGGAGUUUGAGAACUCCGAUUAUAGUCGGAGAAGUCCAAUUAAGACAUCCAGAUAACGCGAUUGGAAUUCGUUUUUCUCUACAAUGUAACCGGCAAAGUCGGAGUAUGAUCGAACAAUCGAUCGACGUAAUCCAUUACGUCGACUAAUCGUUGCAGCCCUACUUCUGACGUCUGGCACGGACCUGCUGUCAUUGUUGAUGGUUGUAUGGGGUCGGAAACAGCGCCACUGAAAAGACCCAUAUCGCCCCCUAGUUUUGGGGAGGAGGACAUGUUCACAUCAAUAAUUCAAUUUUCUCAGCUGCAUGUAAACAUGGACAAGGAGAGAAGUCUGAUUCAGUGAAAAAAAAAACCAAUUAAGCUUAGUCCAAUUAAGCUGUGCAUGUAAACGCAUGGAGUGUCGCCACUUUGUGAUGAAAUUUAAAGUGUUUUACUAAAAAAUCUUGGCUCGGUUCUGGUCCUGGUUCUUCUGGAGUACUCACCAUCUUUGUUUCAGUGUUUUUCCGCCUCUGCAUCCUUGUCUCCUUGACAACAUUCAGGCAGCCAAUCAGGGUAGUGCCUUAUUAUCAAAGCGCCCCACCCUCUCAGAUCUCUGCAUAGAUAAUGAGGUUAGAAACUGAGAGGCUGCAGUGAUGAUUUUUGCGACUGAUUCAAAAAAAUUUUUAAUGAUUGAUGAAUAUUAUUUUUUUAUUUUUUGGUAAUGUUUCAAAGUGCAAAGCUGUGUUGCAGGUCGGCUAAAGGAGGAGCUGAACUCACAUGUGUAAGAUAUCAGCAGGUCGAACUCUGUUUAAAGUUUUUGCAUAUAAUCUGACUUUGUCCACACACUCACACCGUGUAGAGGUCAGGACAAGAUAGUCAUCAUUUCACCUCACCGACACUGGAGCAGCAGGUAAGAAUGAAUUCUUUCUUUUAUUCAAUCUCGUCUCCUUAAGUUUAGUCUUAGCAGGUGACUGUCUAACUUUAGUCUGGUUCUGCUUGAGGUUUCUGCCUGUUAAAGAAGUUCUUGCUCUGCGCUGUAACUUGCCAAAUAAUGCAAAGUGCAUGUGGUUGAAUAUGGGAUUAGAGUAAGUCUGGUCUUACAAGAUGGGAGUCAGUCUUGGUUCAUCGUGGCUCUUGUUAGAUAGCACUUGUUGUGAAUUGGCACUUUAUAAAUAAAGAUUGAUUAAUUGAUUGAUUGAUGCCUUUCUGGUAGAUAAAAUAGUAUUGAAAGUUGAAGGCGAGUUUGUCUGGGAUGCAUCUCAUUUUAUUUCCAGCUCAGAGAAAUAUAAACUUUGAUUUCCUUUUUCCGAUCUCAGCCCACCUGACUCAAACCUGCUGUAACACGAUGGGAAACACCAACACCACCUGCCAGAUGAGCAACUACAGCAAAAGAAACAUCCGUGUGUACAUCAGAGAGAAAGCUCUUGCGAUGGACGCCUUCAUCACCUCCGAGUCUGGAGCCGACGAAGAAAAAAGUUUGUCCGCGUCUCCUGCUGACAAAAAGUUCCCGUUUAAGAAAGACGAGGCCUGUAUCCGCGUGCUGGCAUCGCAGACCCAGGACAUACCCCUGGGUGCUCAGAACUUCCUGUCUGUGUUUGUGGAGGAUGAAGACGAUGAGAAAGUUUGUGCCAAGAAGAUUAUACUCAACAUGGCGCUGAGUGCUCCAGUCACUGUGCUGCUGUAUGAUGUGUAGAUGAAAACCCUGUGCAGUCAAAGAUGCAUCAUGUUUCUGAUGAGUGCAAAUCCAAAUAAACAUCUAUGAUAACCACAUUCAACACUUCUAA